AUGGAUAAGCUCGACCUCCAUCGCGAGCAGCUUCGAGAUCUGCCGUUCUUUACCGAGACUAAAGAGGCUUUUAAGGGUGAAAAAUUUACCCAUAUUCGAUGUCUAGCCCUCGGACAACCCACCGCUAGUUUCCAGGCUCGAUACCAGCUCGCUUACCUCUUAGAGCUUGCCGAUUUUCUUAAAGUGGAGCCAUCAAAUAUCAGCCACUGGGAUCCUGUGUUCGAUGAAAACGACACCGAACUACUUGUGAAGCAGCUUGGACACCGUGUUGAUGAAGUGUAUGACGUGCCUACGGGUCAAGUGCUCUAUUUCAUGCCUCACGCCGAAUUGACGAUGACUAACGACAUCUUGAAGCAAGAACAACCUCGCUGGUUAUUAGCGAAUAAUAUUGUUCAUCACACUGAUCGCUACACAAAGCAGAAGCUUAUGGACACGUACCCGCUAAUUGCUCACAUCGUCCACGCCUUGGAGUCAUCAGCGCCUAACGAUAAGAACGAGGACAAGAACGCAUCUUCAGAUGGAUUUGAGCGGGUGGCACCGAAACGGCGAAACCGCAAGCAGUUCGUUCCGCAACCGAUAACCUACAAUUUCGAUGAGUACCACUUCAACGGAGCGCGUCAGACUCUGUUUACCCACAACCAGCUCAAGCUGGCGGUGUGGCAGAAUUCGUUUCUGGACUUGCUGGUGCUCGAGCUCACCCCCUAA